AGGGCAACACGGAGACACUCAGGAUAGAGAACAAUGCACAUGCACAACUGAAAUGCAUUUCCAUUACAUCAAAAGGUAUUUUGGGGGAGUGGUGGAGCAGUGGCUAAAGCAGGGUGCUAGCAUUUUGCAAAGGAUGCAAGUUCUUUGGCCUUGAGCAAAACCCUCAAUAUGCUCCUUGAGUGCAGUACAUUGGCAGUGCAUUGCUCAGUAAGACACGGGUUAAAGGCGGAAGGCAAAUUUCAUUGGAAUGUAGAAAAGUUGCAACAACGAUAAUGAAAAAUGAUCAUCAACCCGUGACAGACCCCACAUUUCAAGGUAUUCAUUUGAAAAUACAAGAACUGUGCUGUUUCGUCUUCACUUUGUGCUUUUGCAGUUUUUCUCUUUUCGUACCUGACUGUUUUGUGUAUAAAAAGGAGUCGCCUGGCAAAGUAUAUUUUAUACCAAGCAAGCGCCGGUCCAUAACCGGGAUGUCCACAAACCAGAUGUGUCACACUCUACAUGCAUAAUGCUCAGUAAGUCACCUUGAACACACCAUCCCCUCAUUGAAACAUGUUGGCAGCAUCCUGCAUUGGCAAAGAGCUUCAAUGGUAGGGAAUGUGAAGCAGGUCACAGUGGAAGGAAAGAUUGAUUGAAGACUCACUCUCCAGCUGGAUAACCAUGCAACCAGAUCAUAAAUGGUUGAUGGUAGUUUAGUGUUCUCAAACCCCAGUCCUCAGGGGAUAGUGUCCUUUAACUCUUUAGCAGGACUUUGAGCCAUACUAUAAACUUGAAUGUACACUAAGGAUUUGAUUCAGAUGCGUUGAACCAGCGAUGUACCUAAAAAUUGCAAAACAUAUGAGACCUUGAGUUUGACUCAGUAUAUUAAUUUGCAAGGCCCCAGUUGAGUUCUUGGUAUACCUUAAGAUACUUCAAAUCAAGUUUAUUGAUUUUCCCCCACUGGCUUGGAGGGUUCCAGAGCUCUUAAAUUUAAGAUGUCUUCUUCUUGCACUGGGAAGUUACAGAAAACCCUCAGUGUGCAAAUUCUGACUGAGAAACCAUGUCCAGAUUCCAGUAUUUAGAGUGGGUUUUUCUCUAAAAGCUGUAGGUUUAAACAGGUUUGCAUCUCACCCAAGCAUUUGCACACACAUUUCUGCAAAAUACGCAAUUUUGAAUAGGCUUAUUUAAUGUUUGAAUGCAUAAAAUGGAACAACAUACAUAUUUAUCUGCUUGUAUGGCUAAUUUUAGUUAGAACCACAACAAGUUGCAUACUUUCCUUUAUUAAAUUGCUAUGGAAAAUAUUUAGAAUUUAAGAGUUGUAGCAAUAUUUUAAUACAAAUGUAAUAAAGUCUUCACUUUAAAACCUUGCCUCUCCCCUCUGACUUUGGCAAGUCUCACUCAUACUUGUGCCUGCCUUGUUCCUUAGAAUAUCCCCAGAGAGUCACAACCUAAAUCCAGAUGAGAAACUGGGUAAACGUCACCCUCGUCUCACCAUCCUCACAGUGACACAUGGUGGCAGCGUCAUGCUGUGUGGUGAUGCUUUUUGUUCAUCAGGGAAGCUAGUUAGCAUUGAGACAUUCAUGGUUGUUUUGGAAGGAAAACUGAUAGAGGCUGUAAAAUGAGACUGAGGAAAAGGGUCACCUUUUUGCAGGAGAGUGGUUCUAAACAUAGCCUACAAAGCAACAGUGGAAUGGUUUAAAUUGAAUAAAACCAUGAGUUAGAAUGGUCCAGUUAAAGUCCAGGCAAAAACUAUUGGGUAAGAUAACUGUCAAUAUAAAUGUAUGAAUCUGUAAAAGUAAGUCAAUAAAUUGUGAAUGAAUUUGUAUUUGUUCUUGUUUGUAAAUGCAUACGUAUACGAGCAAUAUCAGAUGUUUCCUCUGUGAGAAUACAGGUUAAAAAGUUACAACCUACAACCCCUUAUGAAGCUAUUACACACCCUGCCACUUGGAGGAAGUAAUGACAAGUGAGAACAGAUGUUUCAUCAGUGAGAAUGCAAGUACUGUUUUCUUCUUCUUUCUCUUCUUCUUGUUUAAUGGCAGUUGGUGAAAAACAUUCAAGUGCAUUACCGCUACCAACUGCUAAGGAGUGUAAAACAGCUUCAUUGUAGAUUCAUACUCGCAAAUUUGGGAUUCGUACUCGGACAUUUGGGAUUUGUACUUCUAAGUUGGAUUUGUAAUCGUACAUUUGUGAUUCAUACUCGUAAAUUCGUGAUUUGUACCGUUGUAAAGUGGCAACUCUAUGACUUGUAUUCGUAACUUCUAAACUGGUAUUCUUACAGAUGAAAAGAUGUGAUGUCACACAUGAGUCGACAACCAGGAACAGAUGCAAAUCUUCAAUUUAUUCACGUUUAUUGACUUGCAUUAACAAAUUCAGACACCUACGCAAACGUUUAUAUUGACAGUUAUCUUACCCCAUACCAAACCCAUAUAAAAAACAAUUUGCAGGUAAAUAAUUGGAAACUAAGUCUCAUCGCCUUCCCACUUCAGUUAUGCAUCAGACUGUGUUGUUGUUUUUACAUGGAAUCCCAACUAAGUUUGCGGAUGCUGCGUGACAAAAUGUGAAAAAACAAAAAACUAAUGAGACAUCUUUGCAAGGCGCUGUAUAAUCAGGAUGAGCAACAAUUCUGGCUGGACCACGACACAAUAGAAGUCUGCGUUUGGUGGCAACAACCUUCAGCUGAUCACUUGUUUAAACAUGUAAAGGAGGAUAUUAGCCUGUUAGAACAUGAGGCCUGACUCAAGGGGAAAUAACCAGUGGAGAGAGGGAGAGAGAGAGGGAGAGAGGGAGAGAGAGAGAGAGAGAGAGAGAGAGAGAGAGAGAGAGACCAUUCAAAGUGAGUGAGUGACAUGCCCAACAGCAGUGCGGCCGCCCACUCUCUGACAGGCUGGGUGAAUCUUAAUUGUGCAAUGUUCAUUGACGAGUCAGCACAAUGCUGCUGAGACCGCGGAGGCGCACCGAGCCGAACCGAGCCGAGCGAUGAAAUGCUCCCACCGAGGAGGACCCAGAUGGACAGCCUGGUUCAGCCGCUCGUCGCCCAGUACCUCGCCAUGGGAUGUCAGUCAAAGGAGAACCAAAACGAAAGCAUAACGACAGACGACAAGGGGAAAGACGAUGUGAGGGUGACUUCAGGAUGUACCCUUAACAGAUCUAGAAUUUCGCCUCCCAGCCGUCACCGGUUCCACAAACCCGUCCCAACCCAUGUCACCCCAAACAAACCAAUAAUGUCUCUAGGACACCUCACCAAAGGGGGAAGUUGGGAAGAACUCAUCCAGGCCUGUCUGGACUCGUUUGGUAAGUCCAUGCUGAUAGUAUUGGCCCCAUUUUGUAUCCAUUUAUGGGUUUUUCUUUCUGCAUAUUUUUCACAGUUAUGGGGUGUCAUCAAGCAAGGCUACAAAUGCAGGGACUGCGGCAUGAACUGCCACAAGCUGUGCAAGGAUCAGGUGGCUUUCGAGUGCAAGAAGAACACCAAAGCGGCCAACGCCGUUGACAGUCCGACGCCAAGCUCCACACCUGUUGCAACGAGCACUUCAGAGGGUUCAGAAGAGUGUCCUUUCCCUCACUCAUCAGAUGUGAGGAGGGACUGGAGCCCAGAAUCUCCCAUCACCCCCAUCUGGAGGCCUGCUACAGUCCAUAGCUACACCCAGACAGAGGCACCUCAGCUAUCCUCCAUCACUCCUGAAGCCAGCCGCCUUCCGUCUUCUCUCCUAGUCCCCAUCCCACCCAGCCUGCCCUCCUGCCCGAGCCCCGUGCCCCUGAGAAAACAACGAUACUGUGCCAAGUGGGAAAACAGAGCCUCCAUCAAACCCAAAGAGCCGAUGGAGGAGAACAAACCCACCUAUGAAUCUCUGGAAUGCGAAAACCUGAGGCUACGUAGGAAACUCAAAGAGGCAGAGCGAGAAGUGGAGAUUUUGAAGGCUUUGUUGAAAAGACACGCUCUCCAUCCCGUGGAGGAGGACUCCUCUUCUUAAACUUAAACCUCACCACAGAGACUUGUGCCGCCCCCCUAUGGUGGAACAUAUUAUUUCUAUUUAUUGGUCAUGGGCAGUGUGUUUUUCAAGUAAAGGUGCAUCUCAAUAAAUUACACAAUUGAAAAGUUAAUUUCAGUAAUUUAACUAAGUGACAGUGAAACUCAUAAAUUAUAAAGAUUCAUCAUACAUAGAAUGAAUCGUGGCUUACCUGCAAGAAAACCCCCCAAAAUGUAGUGUCUCUCUAUUAAGAAAGUGGUAUGGUAUGUCGUACACAAUCUGGAAGACUGCCAUCAGUCUGACAGAUGUCUAACAGACACAAGUAGGGAAUUUAACAAAACCUAAUAGCCAUUUACCCAGUGCUAUAUUCAAUCGCAAAUGUGGAAAAUUAAGUGGAAGGAAAAACAAUGUUUGAAAAUGGUCCACAAACAACAGGGGGGGAAAGCAGGCUUGAAAGGAUUCUGAUGCAAAGCCUAUUUUAACAGCUUUCCGGAGUUUUGCAAGACGUGGACUGCAGCCACCACACACAGACACAUAUCCCUCUGCAUUUAAUGGCUCUGUGCAAUAUAUGAGUUUCACUUUUUCAAUUGAAUUACUUAAAUAACUAAUUGUUUAGGAUGAAUCUGUAUACUGAGAGUCAGGUGACUUGACAUAAUGUGAUAAAAAGUGAAAUGAUGUUUUAGUGCUGAUGGUGUAAGGAUCUGUUUAGCAACUACAUUGCAGGAUGAAUCAACAAUUUGUUAAUGAUCUUUGAUGGCAUGCAUCAAAAUGACUCUACAUUACGGAACCAAUUUGAACAGUUACAGCCAGGCAUGGGCCAGUAUGAGAUCUGGAUAUAUUAACGCCGAGUAAAAAUACCACAGUUUAGAGAACUGAAAUCAAAAACAUCCCUGUUACAUUUUUAGAGUCCAGAUCCUUCAUUAUGGGAAAGCACCGACCUUUGGCAUGAGAACAUGGAUUGUAAUAGCUAAAACAUGUCAAUAACCAUAAGAACUCUGCAGUUGCAUACACUAACUUAAGGGGAGAAAGCUGAAAUUUAAAUUAUAAUGGUGAAAUUCCAGGAUUUAACAUACGAGAAUGUAUAGAAAGCUGCUUUUGUUCCUGUUUAAUGGUGGCUAUACCUUUUAUUUAUUGUUUUUUUUUAAACCCAUUGGCGUAUCGGAUAAACACUUGCUAGAUCAAGUGGAGGUUUUCAAAUGUUUAUUACAUGAAUAUCACUGCCUAUUUUUUCAAUGUUGCUCUUAAUAGAGUAACAUAAGUAUAAAUACUCCUGCUAUCUGUUCAGGUAGCUUGACUACAUUAAUCUCCUUGGUAAUUGUAAUUUUAGGAGCACACCUACCUUAAUAGCAGUGAUGGGUGGAGCUUUUUCAGCUUCCUCACCACGUCUGUUCAGAAAUAUUUCCAACCAGCAGAACCUGUCUUUCCGUUAAGUAAGAAAAAAAACUGCAGUAGCCUUCUUUCAGCCAGCUGACCAGCAGUGCGCAGCAAAUGGGGGAACGGCUCUAUGCCCCAAACAAGCUGGAGAAAAUUCAGUAGAAACAGGUUGGAUGGAAAAAAUAAAUACAUUUUGAACAAACCCAUGCCUAUUCAGGGCAAAUUAGUCCUUUUCUCACAGACGUGGGUAUUUCUCACAUCUGGUGAAAUAAUUAAUUUUGUUUGUUUUAAAACCCAUGGAAGACAAGCCAUGAUCCAUUCAGCAAGUGCAGUAUUUAAGAAAAUACAGCAAAAAACGUGUUUGAUCAAUUCUUGAUCAGUAAGUGGACUUACAUAUUUAUGUUAAACAUAAUGAAGCAGAAACUGGUUGAUGCAAAAGAAAAACAAUGUGAGCAGCAGGAAGCAUAUGACAGAUGAGUUACUACCAGCGAUGGCAAGAUCAUAUUUUACCUGCUGACAAAAAAAUUCAUGACUCCAAUCUUCAGAACUGCUGUUGCUUUGUAUUACGUUUUUUUUUUUUUUUCUUUUCAGUGCAUUGCUAAUAUUUAUUGUCUGACACACUACACAGUUCUUAAACUGCAUAAGAAAACGUUAUUUCUUUGUACACAGUAGUGGUACUUUUGCUGACUUAUUUAUGCCCUUGCAUCUUGACUUCAUAUUUUUUUUUGUUGUGCAGCUGUAUCAUUCUAUUAUUAUGUGAUCUACUGUAGCAGUGUUGUACUGUGAAUAAUGGUCAAGAUCCAUGUUUUUGUAUUGUGCCUAAUGAACUGUAAAUACAAAGUAUUCACAUAUUAUGCCAUAUCAAUUAUGUCUAGUUUAACCCACUCCCCCUGUGUUGUUCUCUUAUUGUUCUAAUAAAAAAUGUGCACUCUGAAUUAAAAAA